CGCUGCGCGUCAUUCCCCACCUCCUUCCACCCCGCAAAACCCCCGCUUCGGCCAUGUCUCUCUCCGCAGGCGAAUAGGCGACUAGGGUUUCAGCCCCCGGGGACACGCCGCCGCUCGAGGCGCCUCCGCCACCGGAUCCCGGCACCCGCGCUACGCCGUCCGCUUUUGCCGCCUCUCCCCCGGCCACCGCCGCCGGAGCGCUCCGCCGACACCCGACGCACCUCGUCCGCCUCGUCACCCGCACCUCCGCGUCGGCGCAGGAUUGCUUAGGGUUUGGGGGAUUCGGCGGCUGGAGCCAAAUCCCACCGCCGCCGCCGCCGCCGCUCGCGCAGGAGGGCUCGAGCUCGCGCGGGGUUUCCCUCCUCCUCCGCUUCGGCUGGAAGUGGUCAAGGAAACUUGUUCCACUGUGUUCUUCUGUUGCAUGAGUCAGUUGUUUUGAGGUUUACCUCAUAAUAACAAUGCAAACACGAAAGAAGGGUGCUGCAAAAAAUGCAGCUGGUGAUCGUGCCAAUCCUAAGACAAGUAGGCCAUCCAGAAGGGCAACUCAGUCUACAGUGGCUGAAAAGAAAGUAACUGAUCUCAUCACAUCUUCUUCCAAGAAACAGAGACCUGUUAGUGUUACAUCCAAGAAGCAUUCUAUAGGAGGAAGGAAGCUGUUAGUUUCAUGUGAUACAACUGAUGCUGAAAAUGAUGCACCUCAGGUGGCCCCUAGGAUCCCCCCUGACCUGCAGCACUCUGAUGGUGUUGCAGAUGAUCGUCCCAAUGAUUCCAUAUUCUCUCCAACAUAUCACCAUCACAAGGAAGGCGGUCUGAGUAACCUAUCGAAAGGCUUAGAAGAACAAACAACACAUGAUCAUGCUAGUAAGGAAGCUAGCCUAAAAUCUGGGUCAAACCUUGCAUGUAACACUUGUGAUGGGAUACAUGAUCACUCUUGCACACUAAAUUCGCAAUCAGCUGGGCAAAGCACAUUGCUUGAAGUGGAUGAGUACAGUGAACUGGGAAACCUUUCCUCAGAAGUGUCAGCAAUAUAUCUUGCUAUGCAGCAAUCUAAGUUGGAGUGCAUUGAUGAACAGAGUCAAGAUUCUACCUCAACAGAAGGUUAUGUUGAAGCUGAGGAGACUGAAGAGUAUGAUGAUUUUGACCCGUACUCUUUUAUCAAAGAUUUACCUGAUUUAUCUAUGGUGGUCCCCAAAUUUCGCCCUGUUCUCCUUCCAAAGCAGACCCGGAGUUGUCCUACAACCACUCUUGUACUUGAUCUGGAUGAGACACUUGUGCAUUCAACUCUUGAACACUGUGAGGAUGCGGAUUUCACAUUUCCAGUUCAUUUUAACUUCCAAGAGCACACUAUAUAUGUUCGAUGCCGCCCCUAUCUGAAGGAAUUCUUGGAGAGGGUUGCCAGCAUGUUUGAGACAAUUAUUUUCACUGCUAGUCAAAGCAUUUAUGCGGAGCAACUUCUCAAUGUUCUUGAUCCCAAAAGAAAGUUGUUCCGCCAUCGUGUUUAUCGUGAAUCUUGUGUCUAUGUGGAGGGAAACUACAUGAAGGAUCUGACAGUACUUGGACGUGACUUAACUCGUGUAAUGAUUGUUGAUAAUUCUCCGCAGGCCUUUGGGUUCCAGUUGGACAAUGGCAUUCCUAUAGAAAGCUGGUUUGAUGAUCCCAAUGACACGGAGCUGCUGAAAUUGCUCCCGUUCUUAGAAAGCUUGGUCGGCGUUGAAGAUGUCCGGCCUUAUAUAGCAAGGAAGUUCAAUCUAAAGGAGAAGGUAGCCACUGCGUCUUCUCUCGCAAUAGACAUGCAGAUGUGAUCCAUCCGAUGCUGCCAGGGAUUAUUCCUGUGUCAAAGGUGGCCAUGGUGAUAAGUGUAGGAACAGAGCUGCUAUGGCAAACCUGUUGAAUGUAGCAUGUCAGGAUCCCCGGGCUCUCUGCAUUGCUGUAUGUGUUUCCCUCACCGCAAUGUACCAUUUUCUGCGGUUGGGCGGUUGUAGACUUCACUUACAUUUUGUUGGCCCAGUUGACUGUGAUGGCCUAGUUACAUAUUCUGUCAACAUGUUAAUAUCAUGUAGGUUGGUUGAUACAUUACAUAUAUAUAAGCUCCUUGCGGGGGCAGAGGGAACCAGAUCGAAGAUGGCCCCCCUCCACUGGCUGCGA